CUGCUUCAUUCUAUAUACACGCCAUGGACCCACGGAGACCGAUGUUUUGCUUUCUCUUUGUGGGUUGUGUUGUAAUUUUACAGCUUAGUGUCUUAUUCAUCUUCUUUAACAUACAUAUGUCAACAACACCUGUAAACAAACAAUCGUCGGCAACAUUAUCGUCCUCCAUGGAAGAAACAAAUGCAACACAUCAUUCCAUUCACAAAUGGAAUAAACAGCGUUUCUUGGAAAUAGCCAAAUCGCGAUCAAGGAUUCAGUCAGCCACGGGUUGUCAGAGUCUAAAUCCAAGGUUCCUUACAAUUGGGAUACCGACGGUGUGUAGAGGGAAGCAUCAGUAUAUCUUAUCUACAUUGGACUCUGUGGUAAGUGGUAUGUCACGUGGUCAGCGAUACGAGGUCUUCAUUAUAAUUUAUCUAGCAGAUAGGGACAGACUGUGUAGACAGAAUACCGAGAAAGAAAUUAGGGAUACAUUCUCCAGUUACGUACGAACAUGCUUAAUCCGAUUCGUAAACCCGCCAGAUGAGCCAAAAUUUUAUCCACAAAUUAACAGUCUGUAUCAAAUUGAAAGUGAAAAGAAACAGAUUUGGAGAACGAAACAAAAUUUAGAUUUUGGUUUUCUUCUUCUACAAUGUAAGAAUCUGUCAACAUAUUACCUGCAGUUAGAGGACGAUGUGAUAGCAGCAGAUUCAUUUUACCGAGUGAUUAAAGAUACCGUGAUCCAAAGGGUCACUCAUUGGGUGUGUAUGGAAUUCAUUGAACUGGGAUUUAUUGGCAAACUCUUUCGAUCACGUGAUUUGGAGAGCCUGGCGGGAAUGAUAGUGGACUGGGCUGAACAUACCCCAGCUGAUGACACCUACAUCGAAUUUUACAAAAGAAGAAAACAAAAAGCAAGAAUUCUAAUCACACCCACAUUAUUUCAACAUGUGGGGGUACACUCUUCUCUCCAAGGACGACUUCAAACACUCAAAGACCCUUAUUUCGAGGGAGACUUUCAAAAUAAAGAAUUCGUACACAGGAAUCCUCCCGCCAAAAUAAACACCUCCAUGGCGAUAGACUUUCAACAUCUUCCGAGACACUGCUAUGAAGGAUCGAGAGGGUACUUUUUGACAUCAGCACCGGUCUUCAAGGAAGACGUUUUCUACCUUUUGUUUCUGUCAUUACAGAAUUUGUCAAAAAUAUAUGUACAGACCGGCCUUGGUGUCGGAAAAGGGAAUAUACUACGAGAGGGCGUAUUAGAAAUAGGUGGGCACUUUGAGUGUGCAAACAAAGUAUUCAAAGAUGUAGUAAAGUUCCAUAAAGGUUUAGUGAAUGUGAUAGUGAACAAAAAGGACGUGCUCUGCAUUCAAAUUAGAGUCACAGCAAACCAGGACACUUUACUUAUGAUAAAGGAAAUCUCAAUAUUUUCUGUAUAAUAUUUAAUGAUAUUUGAAAGAAAUAUUUCUAUGGUAUGAGCCAC